AGUCAGUUGCUUGCCGAUCGUGAAGCAAGUACGAGGGUUUUAUUAUGUCGGAGGUUUUCAAACUGGGUGAUCUAGUAUGGGCGAAGAUGAAGGGAUUUUCUCCUUGGCCUGGUCGGGUGUCUAAUCCUUCAAAGGACUUAAAGAAACCAACAAAUACUAAGAAGGGACCAGUUCAAUGUAUUUUCUUCUUUGGAACAAAUAAUUACGCAUGGAUAGAGGAGUCCAAUCUAAAGCCAUAUCUAGAGUACAAAGAUACCCUUGUAAAAUCUAGUAAAUCUGGUGCAUUUAAAGAUGCGGUAGAAGCAAUAGAGGAAUUUAUUGCUAACGGAGAGGUAUUUGAAGAUGGCUUAGACCCAGAUUCCUUAUUCGACAGACUUAAAGAAGUAGGUUUAUCAGAGAAGAAGAAUAUAGUGAAAACAUCCAAGCCUCGUAAGGAAACACUAAAAACUAAAAGAUUGGACACCAAUGGGAGCAAUGUUCGUCGUCCAGCCAAAAAGCUACGUGGGGAAUCAAGUACAAGUAACAAUUAUAGGGUUGGCAGUGUUAGUCCUCCGGUACACCAUUCUACUCCUUUCAGAAAAUCAGGGUCGACGCUCCUGAAUAGGCCCGCAAAUAUUGCUAGACCUGUAACACCUCCAUUAGACGUGGAAACAUUAUCGCAAACUCUUAAAGAGAAAAACAUCCUUCCGUCGACCUUGAAAUUUGGGUUCCUUGGUUUGGGUAUCAUGGGUAGCGGCAUCGUAAAAAAUCUGAUCAACAGCGGACACAGCGUAAUUGUGUGGAAUCGAACACAAGAAAAGUGUGCAGAUUUUGUAAAAGCAGGAGCAGAAGAGGGUUUAACGCCAUCCGAUGUUGUGCUCGCUGCUGACAUUACGUUCUCUUGUGUGGCUGAUCCACAAGCUGCCAAAGACAUGGUCUUUGGAAAUUGCGGAGUUCUUACGGAAAUAUCUCCAGAGAAAGGUUACGUGGAGAUGACCGGUAUAGACGCGGAAACGUCGCAGGACAUCGCCGAGGCAAUAACCGCAAAGGGAGGUCGUUAUUUGGAGGCUCAGGUACAAGGCAGCAAAACAGAGGCGCAAGAGGGUACUCUAGUGAUCCUCGCGGCUGGUGAUCGUGCCCUAUUCGACGAGUGUCAGUCUUGUUUCGAGGCGAUGGGCAAAAACAGUUUUUAUCUCGGCGGGGUCGGCAAUGCUUCCAAAAUGAACCUCGUGCUUCAGCUAAUGGCGGGUGUGACUCUUGCUGGUUUAGCCGAGAGCAUGGCACUAGCAGAUCGUGCCGGUAUUCGGCAGAAAGACGUACUAGAAGUUUUGGAGUUGACAUCGUUGGCUUGUCCCGCGAUUCUUGACAAAGGGAAAGCCAUUAUCGAGGGUGGGUUUCCAACGCAGUUACCACUGCAACACAUGCAAAAAGACUUGAGACUCUCUUUAGGUAUGAGCGAUCAAUUGGAGCAACCGUUACCAUUAGCUGCAGCAGCGAACGAAGUUUACAAGCACGCUAAACGUCUUGGUUACGGCGAACACGAUUCCUCCGCUGUUUACAUCAGAGCCAGAUUCUAACGGAGCAUGCAUCGUCGAGCUUUCGCUAUACCAUAUUUAUUGCAAUAUCUAGCGUUUCCUGUCGCAACCAGAGAAAAGUAGUGCGCUGUUUGUCGAGGAAAUAGUGGAACUAUCGAUUGCUAAAAGGUAGCUCUGCGACACUUGUUAAUACAUCGUGAAUUUGUCGAGGUGUAAAAUAAGUUCUGUUAUUGCUGUAGCUGGAACCAAAUUCGAUAUAUUUGAAUGCAUAUACAGUGAAUUUUAUGUACAGGUCCUUGUCGCUCGGUUUAACCAAUACAAUUGUGCGUAUGAAAUAUCGAUAUACUUGUACGUUUUUUUUUUGUUUUUUUUUUACACAUUUUUUGUCAAGAUGUCUCUUUUUGCGCAUAUAUGACUUUUCGUUUUCUAUUAAUACACGGCAACUACUUUUCUCGAUCACAGCAUACGUCAUGAUAUAGUCGAUUUCUCGAGUCACUCGAUUCGUACUCGUUCAAUUACCGAUUUUAGACCGUUGAUAUCUUUUUAUGAUAAAUAUUAUGGGAUAAAUAUAUGGAUUGUAUAACGAU